AUGGAACAACGGUCCAGUUAGAAGGUAGCAAUGCCCAAGCUCUUAGGCAACUAAAGUUAGACGACAUAGGAGUCCAACCCCUCGUAUUGCUUAUGCGGGGGAUCUAUCAUAGGUUCUCUUCCUAGUUUUAUUGGUAAGGGUUUGAGGUAGAGAGCAAGUGGAUCAUGGAUAAGGGUUUAUCAAUUGAUCUCAGAUUCCAUGGGGCUAUUGUUGCUUUGCAGUGGAAGAGGGGUUUACCGCUUGAAUGUUGGUUUUCUAGCUUGGGUGACUGUAGCAUUGGUGGAUGAGGGCGGUGGGUUGGUUGCACGUAAGGGAAGUAGAAUCUGUCAGCGGUGUACAGAGGAGGGGAUAACCUAUGAUGGGCAACUGCUGGUGGUGGUUAGCAUUGUUGGUGGUGUUGCUAGGUGUCGAAGAUUGCCUGCAUGCACUAGUCAAGGGCUGUGGCAGAUGGUGGCAAUGCCACCAUUCGAGGCUAGUGUAAUGAGGAAAGGAAUGACAUUGCUGGUUGGUGAAGCUGGGAGAAGGAAAGUGGCGGUAGUUGUUGAGGGCAUAGAUUCCUUCUUGCCUGAUGGCAGCUCUGAUGUGGACCUCCAUCCAAGCUAAAAUUUCCGAUCUCCUUGAGCUGCUAUAGUGUUGAAUGUGUUGUGGCAGUAUAACUAAUGUCCAACAGGUGAAAAAAUACUCAAGUUCUCACAUAUAUUUUUUUUAAGUUGUCUAGUGUUAUUAUUUUUUGGGCUACAUUGCACUCUAGGAGAUUUGUCUAUAGCAACAUAUGAGAAUUAUAGUCUACUAAUCUACCUCUAUAAAGUAAAGAUUGCUUU